GAGGAGGAGACGGUAUCCCGUGAGCUGCGAGACGCCGCAGCUCUCUGUCAGUCCAUGACGGCCGAGCUUCUGGCGCUGGCGAGCUGCCGCAGCUCAGUGUCCGCCGUGCUGUCUGCCGUGGACCCGCAGCAGACGGAGCUGCUGGACCUGCUCAUACAGCUCAAACACAAACAGGUGAUCGCGCACCCGGUGGUCCAGUCCCACCUCUGGGACGUCUGGCGCGGCGGCGGGCCGGCCUGGCCGCGGUGGCGCGCCGCCGCGCUGUUGGCCGCUCUCCUGCUCUGCCCGCCUCUCUGGGUGCUCCUCUCUCUAUCUGUCGGCCCGCGCUGUGGUCGUCUGCCGCUGGUGCGACUGGCUGCCCGCCUCACCUCUCACGCCCAGCUGCUGGUACUUCUGGCUCUUCUGGUGGCCACCGGACGUGGACGGUGGCCGCCGCUGGCCGGACCGCUGGAGGGGGCGCUGCUGCUCUGGAUGGCGGGGCUGGUACUGGCUGAGAUGACGGCUGGGCGGGGAACCGGCGGGCUGAGGGUGCUCAGACUGGCCCAGCUCUGCCUGGGUGUGGCUGCCCUGGCCGUCCACGGGGCGGCGCUGGUGUCGGCCGGAACGGAGGCGGAGAGAAGGGAAGCGGUCUACAUCCGUAACCAGAUUUUAGCGUUUGUGCUCCUGCUGGGCUGUGUGCAACUGCUAGAUUUCCUGACGUUCCAUCACAUGUUCGGGCCCUGGACCGUCACUCUGCGGGCUGUCGGCGCGGAACUCGGACGGUUCCUGUUGCUGCUCUGCCUGGUGGUGUGCGGCUUCAGCAUGCAGGUGACAACCGUCUUCACGCCGGUCCGGCCGAUGCCAAGCGUCCGGAAACAGGACGGCAUGGGCUACCCGCCCAGAGACCUGCCGGAGCGCGGCGUGCUGAGCUCGCUGGAGAUGAUGCUGUUCUCUCUGGUGGGUCUGGCGGCCUCUUACGGCUGCCACCCGCCCCCCGUCACCCACCCAGCCUGGUCGGGCGCCCUGCUGAAGACCGUGAUGGCCCUCUAUCUGCUGGUGGCCGGCGUGGUGCUAACUGGCCUACUGGUGGCAAUGAUGACGGAUUCGUGUCGACGAAGUCAGACGGAUUCGGAGAUUGAGUGGAAGUUUGAGCUGGCCCAGUUGAUCCGAGGUCUGAGCCGGAGCCGGGCGCCGCCGGCUCCUCUAAACCUCAUCACCAAGCUGGUGGUGACGCUACACGCCUGUGUCAGGUUCAGAGGUCGCCUGUGGGACCCGGCGGCGCGACAGCAGCUCAGUACCGAGAGACUGACGGAGCGGGCCCGCCGCCUGGGGUCGGCAGCCGCCUGGAGCGGUAGGCUGCGCCGCUCGGCAGCCGCCGACGGCGCCGGAACAGACCGUGACCGGGCGACCCUGGUGGUGCAGCCGUCGGUAACAGCGGCUCCCUCUCUGAGCGGUGGACGGCGGCUCGAGGAUGUGGUAGACUGGUCCCAGGUGUCAGCACUGUUCCUGCAGCGCCGGGGCCGGACUGCCGUCCGCCGCUGUUCGCCGGGUCUGGGCGACUCAGACCCCGGCGACCUCCCACCAACCACCGAAGGACCCUAGACACACUACCGCCCACUCGGACUCCAAGAGAAGACCCCACAGGGUGAUCGGGAAGGAACCCGACUACCUGGAAAGGUCACCGCAAUAAGACGCCGUAAGUGGACGUCGUAUGGACGAGACGGGCGACUUUUUUGCUCGGUAGUCCAUUAGCGGAAUUCGCCGGCGAGCAGGGCGCCCGGUUCCUGGUAGCCAGACGUAGUUAGUGUCUGACAAGGUGCUCCUGUAAUGGUGUCGCUGACAAGACGCGAACAAUGAGCAGAGGAGCUGUACGCGAGGGUAGUUGACCCGAUGUGUGCAGAAAACGCGAAGUUUGGCUAAUGUAGAAACGGAAUGUGUAGGUACCUGAUUAAGUAUUAUCACCUUGGUGUAGUGUGGGGGCACUAACAUUACUAACAUUUUCCAUGUUGCUUUAACCUGAACUAAUUAACAUCACUGACAACUUUACCGUAGUUCGAACUAAAUCUAAUUUUACCACAGCCAAUAACGCCCACUUAAUCUGCUCUGCGCUUCGCUGCAUUUGUACCUAAUACACUAUUUCUGCACGCCCG